GCGGCGGCUCCAGCGAUGGCCGGGAGCGAGAGGAGGGGGCUCGGCGGCGGGUGUCCCUCCGGGUGUCGGGGGCCGGGCCUCCCGCCGCUGCCGCUGCCGCUGCUGCUGCUGCCGCUGCUGCUGGGCGGCUGCUCGGGGCGCAUCCACCGGCUGGCGCUGACGGGGGAGAAGCGAGCAGACAUCCCGCUCAACAGCUUCGGCUUCUAUGCCAACGGCUCCCUGGAGGUGGAGCUGAGCCUGCUGCGGCUGGGCCCCCUGGAGCCCCCGGAGAAGGCUCCCCUGGUGGGGUUCAGUCUGAACCGAGUUCACUCUGGCAGCGUGCGCUCCUACUCCACCCGGGACUCCCACGAGUGUGUUCUCCUAAGAAAUAGUAGCAGUUUCCUGGUCUUGUUCCUUAUCAACAUCAAGGACCUCAGGGUGCAGGUGCGGAAGUAUGGGGAACAGAACAAAUUAUUCAUCUCUCCCGGGCUCCUGCCUGACGUGCCCUCCAGGCUGGGGCUCCCCAAGCCAGAGUCAGUCCCCGGUGAGUCAGGGCAGGCCACGCCAGCAGGGCGCCCCACCUCCCCGCUGAGGGAGGGAAGGACAGAGGGAGGACUGUCCCCCCGCCAAGAGUGUGUAGGGGCUCACCACGCUCCGUCCCCCCAGGCUCCCCCCGUCAAGGACCAGGAGCUGGUGCUGGACCUGGGCCACCUUAACAACACCUACAACUUCAGUUUCCACGUGCUGAUCGGUUCCGCGGAGGAGGAAGGCCAGUACAACCUCAACUUCCACAACUGCUACAACUCCAUACCAGGACAGGAGCGUCCAUUCGACCUCUCGGUGAUGAUCCGUGAGAGAAACCCGGAGGGCUUCCUGUCGGCGGCGGAGAUCCCGCUUUUCAAGCUCUACCUGGUCAUGUCCACCUGCUUCCUGGCCGCCGGCGUCUUCUGGGUGUCGGUCCUCUGCCGGAACCCGUACAACGUCUUCAAGAUCCACUGGCUCAUGGCGGCCCUGGCCUUCACCAAGAGCAUCGCCCUGCUCUUCCACAGCAUCAACUAUUACUUCAUCAACAGCCAGGGCCACCCCAUGGAAGGACUCGCCGUCAUGCACUACAUCACGCGCCUGCUCAAGGGCACGCUCCUCUUCAUCACCAUCGCCCUCAUCGGCUCCGGCUGGGCCUUCGUCAAGUACGUCUUGUCGGAUAAGGAGAAGAAAAUUUUCGGCAUCGUGAUUCCCCUGCAGGUCCUGGCCAAUGUGGCCUACAUUGUCCUGGAGUCCCGCGAGGAGGGCGCCAGCGACUACGGGCUCUGGAAACAGAUCCUGUUCCUGGUGGACCUCGUGUGCUGCGGAGCCAUCCUCUUCCCCGUGGUGUGGUCCAUCCGGCACCUCCAGGACGCGUCCGGCACCGACGGGAAGGUGGCAGUGAACUUGGCCAAACUGAAGCUGUUCCGACAUUACUACGUCAUGGUCAUCUGCUACAUCUAUUUCACGCGCAUCAUCGCCAUCCUGCUGCGAGUGGCCGUGCCCUUCCAGUGGCAGUGGCUGUACCAGCUCCUGGUGGAGAGCUCCACGCUGGCCUUCUUCGUGCUCACCGGCUACAAGUUCCAGCCUGCGGGAAACAACCCGUACCUGCAGCUGCCCCAGGAUGACGAGGAAGAUGUGCAGAUGGACCAAGUGAUGACCGACUCCGGGUUCCGGGAAGGCCUCUCCAAAGUCAACCAGACCAGCAGCGGACGGGAGGUGUCCUGACCGGCUCCGUGUCUCUGACCUGACCACGCUCCUCUUCCUCCGUCUGCCGCCCUGCCGCCGUGGGCCAUUGGGGCAGCCAGACAGGCCCUGAGCUCCGUGCCCGGGUCUGGGCAGCCGGGCCCUCCCUCUGGGACCACACCCCCCUACAACCCGCUGGGCAGUAAGGGCCACGCCGUCUCGCCAUCCCAGGGUCCUGUUUACAGUGGGGGCGUGAUGCCCAUUGCUUUACACAUUCAAUAAAUAUUCAUGGAGCAGCUUCGGAUCCCAUGCUGGCCGCUGGCGACACAGCAGUGACCAGCAGCCACCUGCCCCAGGGAGGGGGUCGUGUUCCCAGGCAGUUUCAUCACUGGGGCCCCUCGGGGUGCCAGGAGGAAGACGAACGGAGACUAGGAAAAGGAAGUGGCCAGGUAAUUGCAAAAGACUUCAAAAGGUGAUAGGAAAUGGAAAAGAUUAAGCUUAUUUUGUUACAAA